AUGGUGAUCUGUUCUUGUGGGACACAGGCAGCAGAGCAAAGACAGCACAGUGGGCUCCUGGCAGUUGGGCCCACCGUUCUAGAUGCUCCAUGUCGCGUUAAUAAAAGAAUCUCCAAUACUGACACCUCCCCUCCCAGUAGAACUUACGCUUCUUUAAAAGUAAAACUUUUAACCAACAAUACAAAUAUAACCUUUGCUUUGAAGACUAAUAUUUUUGCAGGAAUGGCUCAGCAGAAACGAAGCAGGAGCCGGUGGCUCUCUGUCGCUGGCCGGGAUGUGGAGUCGGCUACCCGGAGCUUUCCGUCCACGAAAGAGUCUAGGAGGGGAGCCGGGUUUGCUCCCGGGUCUUGGGCUUUGGCGCAGGGGUUUCUGGGAGUUGCGAGUCGUCAUACUGUCUGCGUGAGGUGCGGCGUCGCUGCGUGGGACCUCGGGCAACGUGAGCGGCCGGAAGCUGGCGGAUUGUAUUGUCCACGUAGGGCGGAAAGUUCGGUGGGUUCGGGGUCGGCGGCGACGGAUGCUCGGGAGCUGCGAGCAGCUGUGGAGCCCGGUGGCGGCAGCGGCGAAGGAUGCUCUGGAGCUGCGGGCAGCGGCGGAGCACGGCGGUGGCAGCGGCGAAGGAUGCUUGGGAGCUGCGGGCAGCGGCGGAGCAUGGCGGCGGCAGCGGCGGAGCCUGGUGGCUGUCGGGCUCAGCGCCGCGGGAAGUGUAAAAGAUGACAGCAGCUAGGCCAACUUUUGAACCUGCAUGACGCGGAAGAGGAAAAGGAGAAGGUGAUUUGAACCAACUCUCAAAGCAGCAUUCAAGUAGAGACCUGCCUUCUCAUACAAAGAUCAAAUACAGGUAAUGAAGACUUUUUUUCUUGUUCCCAAGGCAAGGCCAAAAGUGUUGAAUGACACGAUCAUGAAGUAGUAUGUUUGGGUUCUGUCACAUAUCUAUUUUCAUAGGAGUAGAAUGCAAUAGAGUUGUCUAACACAAAAAUUAUGCUCUGUGAUUGUGGAAUGCUACCAGAUAUUCCUUAUGUAGAAAUUCCUAUUAAUUGGAAAUUUCCCUGUGUGGAUUUAAUAAUAAGAUAUUACCUCAGAGGGACCGCGCACUAUUAGCACUAAUCAAUAAGGGAUUAAAAGUAUUACAGUAAAGAGCCCUGAGUUGCCAUACUAACAAAAAGUAAAAAUAUUUUAGCCAAUCUACAGCAUUAUUGUAGGAAAAUAGUUGAUUCACUUGGGCUUUUUGAGAUACUGGAAACCACACGGAUCCUGUUAGUAACCUUCAGACUAUCAUAGUGAUCUUGUCCAGUUCUCUCUGUUACUCUUGAGGAUCUUAGGAACCAAGCUCCUUUCAUGCAGUUACCGUAGGAGAUGGUUUUUCUUUCCACAGAAGGUCAGCAGUUAAUUUAGGUGUAAAGCUAGAGGUGUAGCAGAUGUCCAUGCAGGAUAAGUGGCUGAGGAAAUAGUACAUCACUGAGUUAAAAAGGCUGCAUUGAAUGGAGAGAAGGAUCAAAAGGUUUCCUGCCAACAGGGCAGCAUAACAGAAUAAGAGCACAAAGCAAAAUAUUUGUAUGUUCUGGUCAUAAGAAAGCCCCAAAAGGAUGAAUUCCGAGAUACUCCUCUCUCCAUAUAUUUCAGAUUGGCAUAUAUUCUAACCAGAUGGCUUAAAUAUCUGAAAAGAAAUAAAACAUUAAUCUGUAUAAAAAAUAUAACAAUAAUGUGAAAUUUACCAAAAAAUGAAUUGAUACCACUAUUUAAAUAUUAUUUAUUCCGGAUAGAUUUAUGCUUCUUUUUAUUUCUUUUAUUUUAGAUAUCUAUUGUAAAUAAUUCUAUAAAGGGGAAAACAAUAAUUUUUCAACAUCAUCAUGAUUAUAGAAUAUUAAAAUAUUAGUUUGAUCUAGAGAAAAUAUUUUAUUGUUAAUUAUGUUAUUGAGCUAACAAUGUUUUGUUUACAUUUCUUAAAAAACAAUUAUUUUGCACUUUUUUAUAUUGAAGUAUAGUUGAUAACAUGAUAUUAUAUUGGUUUCAAGUAUAAACACAGUGGUUCAACAGCCCCCCACAUUAUUAAAUCCUCACCCCACCUAGUGUAGUUACUAUCUGUCAACAGAGGAAGACAGUCUAGAACACUUGUUUCUAUUCUCCAUGCUGUACUUCCAUCCCUGUGACCAGCUUAUAUUAUGAUUGAGAUUUUCUUAAAUGCAUGUGUUUAUCCAUUGGGUCAGAUGCAUUCUUCUUCCAGGUUGAUCAGAACCAAUACUCUGUUUUAUUUGGGAGUGUGUCCUCAAGAAUGCAAAGUUAUUGAAAAUAUAUCAGCUUGAAUUGUUUAAUUGGCUUAAAAGAUAAUCUUCCUUGCCAUAUGAACAAACACUUGAUCAGACAUUUAAAACUAAUAUAGUUUCAGGCACAUUAAAAGCAAAGAAUGCUUGAAAACUAUGCAGGUAAAGAGAAAAUGUUAACUGAUUGAAGUUGUGAAAAAUCAUCAAAAAUUGAUUCAUUUCUCCUAUUUACAUUUAAUGUACUAGACAAAAUUAUUGUUUAAAAUUAAUCUAAAUUUGUGAUAGUAAACAAUAAGGGAAGAUAGAAGUUGCCAAAAGAUAUUUGAAUUGUUUAUAUUUCAUGGCUUUUCUUGGAAAUUUUAUGUGUCUUAUAUGCUGUCAAGGCAAUAUAAUAAAAAUAUCAUUGGAAAUCA